AGAAUAGUUACGAACUCGGCAUCAGGUUGAAUCCGGGGCAGUAUGUCGCGGGCUUUGGGCGCCUUCCGGGCCGUGUACCUCGUGGCCCUGUGCUGCGUUGGCUCGUUUUUGUUUGCCUAUGACACGGGCAUCAUCGGGGGCAUCCUCACCUUCCCGAGCUUCCAGCGGGACUUCCGCUACGGCUCGGCAGAUAAAGCAACCGUGUCGUCGAACUCGACCAGCUUGCUGCAGGCCGGGGCCUUCUUCUCCUGCUUUUUCGUGUGGCCCUUCACGGCCCGGUAUGGCCGCCGCUGGUCGCUCGUCCUCGCGUCGACGCUCUUCAACAUCGGCGCCGUCGUCCAGACCAUCAACACCCACUCGCUCGCCGCCUUCUAUGUCGCCCGGGUCAUCAGCGGCGUCGGCGUCGGCAUGGCAACCGUCAUCAUUCCCAUGUACUCGGCCGAGAUGGCCCCGAAAGGCAUCCGCGGGGUGCUGGGCAGCUUCUUCCAGUUCUUCUUCACCCUGGGCGUCAUGACAUCCUACUGGAUCGACUACGCCGUGUCCAAGUACAUCCCCAACGACCACUCGGCGCAGUGGCAGAUCCCCGUCGGCUUGCAGCUGGUUCCCGGCGCCAUCCUUGGGUUCGGCAUGCUUCUUACCAAGGAAAGCACGCGAUGGCUGGCCAAGACCGGCCAGCACGAGGCCGCGCUCCAGUCCUUGAUAUGGGUCAGGGGCGGUGACAGCUCCGAGAUUCGGGAGGAAUUCGCGGAAAUCAUCAGCAGCAUUGACGAAGAGAACCGCAUCAGGUCCGGUGUGAGCUGGAAGGAGCUUCUCGAGCCGAUCAACCGACAUCGCGUGUUCCUCAUCAUCGCUCUGCAGAUUGGUGUUCAACUCACGGGCAACACCUCCAUGGCUUAUUAUGCACCACAGAUCUUCUCUCUCGUCGGCGCCGGCCAGAACAAUCUCCUCAUCACGGGCUUCUUCGGUGUCGUCAAGGUCGUGGCCUGUCUCUUCUUCUUGCUCUUCCUCAUCGAGCGCAUCGGGCGCCGUGGUUCGCUGCUCGCCGGCGCGUUGCUCAUGGGCAGUUACAUGCUCAUCGUCGCCGUCCUAACGGCCAAGUUUCCGCCCAACCCCAGCGCCGGCCUCACGCCGCCGGCCAUCGCUUCGUUGACCAUGAUCUACCUCGAAGCCAUGAGCUACAACAUAUCCUGGGGUCCUGUUCCGUGGAUCUACACCGGCGAGAUCUUCCCGACGAGGAUUCGGGAGGCGGGUGUGGCCAUCAGCACGGCAACGCAAUGGCUCUUCAACUGCGUCUUCUCUCUGGCAACUCCGCCUGCCGUGCAGAAUCUGGGGUGGCGAGUCUUUGUCAUGUUCGCCGUCUUCAACUUCGCCCUGGUCGUCUUCGUGUGGUUCUUCAUCGAGGAGACCAAGGGCAAGUCGCUCGAGGAAAUGGAAGAGCUGUUUGCUAGUAGCCGACGUGACAAAAUCCGACAGCGCUCAGAUCGAAGACGGCAAGGGCGGGAGUGGACAAACAAUUCAGAGCCUACCGUAAACCAAUCAUGCAGGAAGAAAGACGGUAUAUCACAACUGGGAGAUCAAUGGCCAUGAGAUAGACGGACCCAUUCUUGAUUAUAUGGCCGGAUUGCCCAGCCGGCGGCGACAUGCUCUC